AUGGAGAAGCUAUUACCACGUGAUAUUGCAUUAAACAUAUUUUACCGAUUACCUAUUCAAUCAGUCUUAGACUGCAAACUGGUUUGCAAGGCAUGGCGGAAUAUACUCAGCGGUCCUUCCUUUGCACGACAAAAUCUCCUCUAUCGACUUCAUGAUCAUGACUGCGGUUUCGUUUUAUUAACUGUGAAUUUCUUCGGCAACCUUUCACUUUGCUACCACGAGUAUGCAGCUGGUAACCAAUUCGUGGACAUGAAGAAGAUCAGUCAUCCGUCUGAUAAUGGUAGUUUUUUCAGAACUGUUAUUGGUUCUUGCAACGACUUGAUUUGUUGUGCAGUAAAUUGUAAUGGUGAUCCUACCUUUGUUUGUAACUCAAUAACCAAAGAAUACUACUGUCUCCCAGAAUUGAAUGCGGAAUCUCAGCUCUUUGUUCGUAGCGGAUUUGGUUACAAUCAUUCAACUGAUGAGUACAAGGUUGUUAGAAUUUUCGAAAAGGGUCGGGUUCAAGUAUCUACUCUUGAUGGUACAAGUGAUGGGUGGGUAGACAAAGAUGAAGUUAUCAGCUAUGAAUUUCGCACUCAAAAGGGUAUCUUUGCAAACGGAGAAACUUUUUGGUUGUGCAACGACUAUAGGACAAUAGUGGCCUUCAAUGUAGCUGAUGAAGAAUUUCGCGAGUUUGUCAAUUUGCCACCAUCGAUUAAAGCUGAGGACGCCGUGGUAGUAGCCCUUGUUGCCUUGGACAGAUGCUUGUGCGUUGUGGAAUGGUUGUAUGUAUUAAGGAAAAUGAAGUACCGUGAUUAUCAAGAAUCUACUAGUUAG